CUUUGAAAAUGGACGACGUAUGGAACGAUGCCGAGGGGCUAUCUGAUAGUCAGUAUGACAAACAGGUUGCGGAGCGUAACUGGAAUCGAUUGCAGGAUCAACAUGGCGUGGUCGGAUACAAGGAAGGAAUAACAGAAGGCAAACAGGUCAGCCUCCAACAAGGGUUUGAUAGAGGAUUCAAGGAUGCAGCAGGUAUUGGGUUCCAAUUAGGGGCGCUCCGAGGCUUGUUGAGCACAUUAAUACAAGUCUACACUCUCUCUCCAAAAGCCGCCACAUCAAUAUCGCCAUCCAAUCUAUCGACUCUUCAAUCCCUUCAUGCUGAACUGGAAGCCCUGUCCGUCGAUCAUGUCUUUACACUUGCCUACUUCAAAGCGACGGAUACCACAAGACCGGAUGCUCCAAAUUCGGCGACGACGGGGUGCGAGAGUGGAGGUGGAUGCUGUAAGGCCUCUGGAGAAAGGGAUGAGAUGAAAGAAGGUGGUGGCUGCUGUAAGGUGCGGAAGGGUGAGGCAACCGGGGCGGAGGGCUUAUCAUGUAGCAGCCCUGAUGUGUCAGAUGUGGCCGCAGACUCUGUUAAAGAUUACCCCAGCAGAGUGGUAGAGUCAUACCGGAGCAAAGUGGCUACGCUGCUGACAACGCUGGGAUGGGAUACCGAUGAACUUUUGUAGAUAGAUUUUAUGUAUGACGCGAACUGAUGCAAGAUGCAUGCUGGGAAUCAAACAACGAGCCAGUGUUAUGAUAAUUAGUACGAAAACAAUGUGCAGUUUACAUCUUCGUUGCGGCUUUUCAGGUGCAUCUGCU